GUCUUUUCCCACGAGGACUCGGGAUCCGUCGAAUUGUGAUCCCGUUAAAUAUUAACAAACACUGACCAAUUAGCAACGUCUGCACUCCGCACGCUUACACGUCAGAAAGUAUUUUGGAUUGGUCUUUGGAAGACCGUCAAUAUAUUGUGCCUUAUUUUGUUAUGAUAAGUUGACAGGAGUGUAUAGUACAAAAUGAGUUUGGCCGACUACAAAGAAACUGUAGCAAUAACAGCUACAGUUUUGACAAUUAUCCAGUUUCUCAGUGGCAUCGAUAUAUGUUUUAAGAUAGCGAAGCAGGGCUCUACAGGAGAUUUAUCUGGAUUUCCUUUUGUGGGCGGAGUAUUUUCAACAUGCAUGUGGUUAUCAUAUGGAUGGGUUUUACAUGAUUUAUCCAUGUCUGUAACCAAUGGCGUUGGAUUGUUUCUUCAAGCAACAUAUUUGCUAAUAUACAUUAGAUACUGCAUUGCUUUGGGACCUUGGUAUGCUCUGAGACGUCAGAUGAUGGUCUUAUUCACUGUUGGUCUCACAAUGCUGUAUUUGACCUUCUUCACAGAAUCUGCCUCAGAAGUAAGAGAGUCACGGCUGGGUUUGGUGUGCUGCGCUGCCAGUGUUCUCUUCUGUGCUUCACCUCUCAUAUCCCUAAAAGAAGUCUUCAGAACUCAGUCUACAGAAUGUUUGCCAUUGCCACUAAUUCUAGCAACGUGCGUAGUCACUGGAUUGUGGUGGCUGUAUGGUAUCAUAAUUGAAAACAGUUUUGUGCAAUACCCGAACUUGAUUGGAUGCGGAAUAUCAGGUCUGCAACUCCUGCUCUUCGUUAUUUAUCCAAGAAAAAGGAAAGGAGAACGCAUAGCUGAUUCAAGACCGGUCUAGUCUCCUGUUGAAAAGAAGUGUGUGACCUUCGACAAAACCCACAAGUUUUAUAGGAAUACUUUUCCAGUUGAUAUGCAAUUUGCACAGGAAAAGUAUAAAUGUCAGAGUGAUGUAACAAGCAGACAUUGCAAUCAACUAUUAAAGCAAAAGAAUAAACAAAAGUACGUAAUGCCAUAUUAAAGAGAGAAAGAAACUUAAUCUUCCAGCAGGUAAAUUUACAUAAAGGUACUUAAUUUUCAACAAAAUAUUUUUCAUGUUAAAAGAAGACAUAUAUUUUUUAUAAUGGCUUCCAGUGAAACCCUUCUUAGAAAUGCAAGCUCUCUGGGGUUGCAGUUAUGAUUUUUCAUAGGUUUUAGUGUGUUUGAAAAGGGUCUGUGAACCUUUCUGUGAUCUACUAGUGCUAAUAAUACAGCUUUUCCAAACUGAUGUUUUCCCUUGAGUGCUGUGUAAAAUGAGGUACUAUUUGUGUUGUAAACAUCUCAAAUGCAGAGAAAGUAGUUGCCAUUGCAUUUGCCAUGAUGAAUUAAGAGAAGGUCAGAAGAAUUAAGUGAAUGAGAACUAAUAUUUAACUGUAUUAUACAUUUUCAAAGCUGAUAAAGUACAACCUAUUUUUUUAACUAUGCAGAUGUGAAUAUUGGAAUUAAAAUUGCAUGCGCUGAAUUGAAUCAGCAUCACCUUUAUUAAAAUGCCAUAUUUAUUCAUAUUUCUCCAAGAUCAUUUUGUAAGAUUAUUUAAUAGGUUCUUAUAUUUUAUUACUGUUCAUAUAUUCAGAGGUCAUAGAAGGCUGUCAGCUCUGUUAAUGUUAACUGUUGUUUUGGUUAGCACUUCCUGUGCUGGGGAUUUGCAGUGUGCUUUUUUAUACAAUUUUAUUUCUGGUUUUUUAUCACUGUUUUCAAGAUGUUUUCAGGUAACGGUAUGGCGUUGAGUUGUAAUUACUGAUGUUUGUUACCAGGUUUGGUGCUGUUGUCAUAUUUGGAAUAUUUUAGUAUUAGUUAUAAUGGACUGCGAGAUUUAAGCAGUAACAUGUUAUCCAUAAGUGUCAUGCAUUUUGACUCUGGGUGUCUGUUCAACUACUUAAUAAUAAUUUACAUGAUAAUUUACAUGGAAAGAGUGAUGUAAAUGGCUGAGUCCAUUUUGGUAAACAGUAUAAAGUAAUUCAUGAUACAGUACUGCAGAUGUUUGUGAGAUUGUUGAGUUAUACAUUGUUUAUGUACACUUGAUUUAUACCCAGUGUGAUUGACUGUACUGUGGUGGAAUUUUAAAUGUCUGUUGAAUGCAGUGAUUAUUUGGUCAGCUUCUUAAAGUAAGCAAAUAGAUCCCAAUGAAAGUGUAAUGAAUAAUUUCAGACUGUUCAUAGAUCAAAAAUUAAAUUAUCUCUCGGUCAGGAUCAUAGAGCGUCUGUCACUGGAAUGGUGGUCUGCCUGUCUAAUGUGUGACCUCGAGCAGCCGUAUUGAAAGGUCUCAGUCCAGCUCAUGGUACUAUACUUUUUUACUUUUAUUAUUUUUAAUAUUUUUAUCUGUUUAUUAUUAUUAUUAUUAUUAUUAUUAUUAUUAUUAUUAUUAUUAUUAUUAUUAUUAUUAUUAUUAUUAUUAUUACUAUUAAUAUUUUUAUUAUCAUUAUUUUAUUGUUAUUAUUAUUAGUGGACAUAAUUUCACAGACAAAAAUUAUCUUACAAAAACAGGUUUCUAAGCACUUCAACCAUUAUGGUCAAGGCCUAAACAACUGCUCUUGAAUCUAAGCAGUGUCAAGCAUAAAUGGUUCAUGUAAAUUAAAAGGAUUUCCUUAACAUACAGUCACCAAGCACUAACUAAACAGUAAUGUCCAAUCACUAUACACUAACAUUCACAAUACUCCUUCACUUACUAAACACUUACUGAAUAGUCAACACUCUAGGCACUCACUAUACACUAAACGCUCACUAAACACUCAAAACACUAAACACUCAUAAAUACUCACUAUAUCACAAACACUGUAAAUAUUCACUAAACAUUCCUUUAAUCCUAAACAUUCAUUAAACACUAAUAAUCACUAAGCACUCACUAUACACUAAACAUUCACCAGGUACUCACUCUACACUAAACACUCAUUAAAUGUUCACUAAGCAUUUGUGAUACACUUAACACUCGCUAAACUCUAAACAUUCAUUAACAUUAAAUACUCACUAAACCCUAAAUACUCAUUAAACCCCUAAACACUAAAGUGAAUGAGCACCCACGCAUCACUCAUUAAACACCAAAUAAACACUUACACACUAAAUAUUCACUAAACACUAACAGUCAUAAGACAUUUACUAAACACUCACUAAACAUUCACUGCAUACUUACUAAGCAUUCACCAAACAAACAUUCACUAAAUCCUAAACACUCUUUAAACAUUCACUGAGUACUUACACACUAAAUCCUAAAGUUUACUCACUGAAUGGUUAUGCACUAAACAUUUGUUAAACUAACAUCCACAGAACAUUUUCACUAAACUCUUAACACUUGCUAAACAUUCACUGAACACUUACACACUAAACACUAACAUGCACAAAACCUUCACUAAACACUAAUCACAAUAAACAUUCACUAAACCCUAAACACUCACUAAACAUUCACUGAAUUAUGCUUAUGCACCAAACAUUCAUUAAACUCUAACAUUCACAAAACAUCUUCACUAAACUCUUAAACACUUGCUAAACAUUCACCAAACACUUAACAUUCACAAAACAUUCACUAAACACUCACUAAACAUUCAUUGAUUACUUACACACUAAACAUUUAUAAAAACAUUCAUUAAAACCCUACUAUGAGAUUCAGGGUCUCUGUAACACGGUUUUUUGGACUUUGCUCCUUGUCAAAGCAUCGGAUGUAGCUGAAAGUUGACAUAUGUAUAUUUUACAACCACACACAAAUUUUGUCAGCAUUAUCGAUAACCUUAACCCGAUGGUUUUGAUUUUUAUAGAGUAAAAAUGAACUAGCCGACGCCACGGCCAAUGAUUACGAGCCAAGAGUCGAAAAACAUUCAUUACGUAAGCAAGGUAAACAAACACCUCUUGACUAAAUGUUGCCCCGCCCAUCUACCAGACAGAAAUGCCAUCGGCUCUGAAACCCAAAGACUUUAUGAAUGGCGGAACGAUACAUAGAUGUGGAUGGGGUAUCA